AUGGGGGAACAGCAAGGUCUGGAGGCAGGAGACACCGGGAGAGAAGCGCGGCGGCUCUCGAACUCCCGCGGAAUCACCGUCCAGUGUGACAACGCAUCAAUCAACCAGCCCCAGCGAGGGGCCGACGAGGGGCCCCCGCCCUCAGCCAGCGAAGGGCCAGUCACCACACGCCGGGGCGGGGGCGGCCAGCAGCAGGAUGGGCUAUGGCGCGGCCGAGGCGGCUGGAAGAAGCCGAAGAGCAGCGGGUGUAGACACGAAGCCCCACGGAGCCCCGUCCCUCGGGCUCUGGGCGGGGACUCCUGGCCGGACCGGGCGCUGAGGCGCACGCCGAGGAACCCGCUCACCUUUCUCCCAGGGCGGGCGCGGCAGGAGACAACCUGCGAGGGGCGCCCCGAACGCCCGCGCCAACUUCUCGGGACUGCGCCGCAGUCCGCUGAGCGCCCAGCGCCGCCACUCACCUCGCCCGGCAGCAGGAACCAUUUUCCGAGGGGGGAGGAGGUAGGGGAGGCUGCGGGAGGGUCGAGGGGUGGGAGGGAGCGGUGGGGGGCAGCGGGAAGCACGGAGAAUGGGGGCUCGGUCCUCUGCUCGUCCGCAGCCGACUCGCGGGGCUCGGGGCGCCACGCGGAGGUGCGGCUACACCUCGAGGAUGAGGCGACCGCGGAGCCCAGAGGCUCGGCGUCCACCAGCCGGGGCUCCCUACUCACGCUGCACUGCGAGGAGGCGGCGGCGGAGGAGGCGGCGCCCAGCCCGGCCCCCGCCCAGAGCCCGGCAGCCGCCGAGUGGCCGCCCGCGUCCCCGCAGGACCCGCCUCCUCGGCUCCGCAGAGCCGCACACAGGGCGCGCCGCGCUCAGCACGGGCAGCUCCGCCAGCCUCACGCCGCCGUCCGCAACAGCAGCGGCGGGCGGGGUGCAGCCCCUUUCGUGAGCACCGCAAAGCUUCUGGGCAGGGGGCCCGUUUGCACCGGGUGGCCAGCAAGAUUGCCCGGGCAGGCCCGGGGAGGUGAACGCUCACCCGUUCCGGUCUGGCGCUCCCUUCUUUCCACACCCACACGCCUCCCGCUCCACGCUGGCGGCGCAGCUGCUCCCGCUGCCACUGCCGCCGCCGCCGCCGCCGCCGAAGCUCGCGCCGCCGCUGCUGCCGCCUUGGCUGGGCGCGGUCACGUGACGCAGCCCGCGGGGAGCCUGGGGGCGGGCAAGCGCGCGCGCGCGCGGAGGAAGCGCGGCUGGGACAGGGACUAGGACCCGAGCGCCGGGGAGAGGGCGUUUAAGGGGAGGACCCGGCGAGCGCGUCCCCGGCUGGCGAGCGCGCGACCGGCUAUUAGAACUUGCCGCCCGGUCGGGAAAGGGUGUCCGGAGUGAGGGGCGGGGGACUCGCUCCCCGCGCCCCUCCCUCUCUUCCUUCCCCGAGAGCCUCGGUUCGCCGCUGCCCCCGCCCCCUCCCGCUCGCUCCUUUCCUCCUGCUGCUGCCUGCGAUUGGCUGAGGAUCUCUGACGUCCGUGUUUCCAUGACGUAUGGGGCGGGGGAGGGGUGGCGGGGG